UCCACGCCCUUCACCCAUUGUCAGGGCCACCUCGGCAGUUUCCGCUCCCGCUUCGGCUCCUUUUGUCUCCGCCCUAUGGGGAACGCUCGGGAAGCUUCGGCGCUCCGCUGACUCUUCCGGGACUCCAGAGUGUAGCGCAGCGCCCACCACUCACCUGGAGGAGCUGUGACCUCUAGCAGUCAGCGCCGCCGCUGACUCGAGAGCAAACGGGAUCUGGGUGUUCGGUGGCCUCCCUGCCCCCCUGCUAGUGCCUCUCCCGAGCCAGCCGGGCUCCUGAGGCUGGCCAGGCCAGGGAGCUGAUUGGAGGCAACGAAGUCUCGGUCGCUCCCUUUGCCCCGCUGGGAGAACAUGGCCACCGGGGGCUACCGGGGCAGCGGCGCCAACACUACCACCGACUUCCUGGAGGAGUGGAAAGCCAAGCGGGAGAAGAUGCGGGCCAAGCAGGCACCGCCGGCCGGGGGGCUGGCGACGGCGGCAGGGGAUGGCAAAAUCCCGGGGGCCGCCGCAGUCGUUACCCCCGCCGCAGUCGUUACGGCUGCCCCCACCGAGCUAAACAAUAACAACGGCGGCGGCGGCGAGCGAAGCGGGGGCAUAAAUUGCAUCCCUCUGGCCAGGUGUGGCGGCACCAAGGAACCCCCGUCCCCGUCCCUGGCCGGGGCUCGAAGCGGGGGUGGCGCGGAUGCCGCGGGGGUGGCAGCGACUCCUCCGGAAGAGGAGAAAGUGGCAGUGAAGGGCAAAGGCUCCUCCGGCCCCAGCGCCCGCAAAGGCAAAGGGCAGAUCGAGAAGAGGAAGCUGAGGGAGAAGAGGCGCUCGACAGGUGUGGUGAACAUCCCAGCCACUGAGAGUUUAGAUGAAUAUGAUGAUGAUGAAGCAGGACAAAAAGAGCGCAAAAGAGAAGAUGCAAUCACACAACAGAAUACAAUGCAGAAUGAAUCAGCCAGCACAGAUCCAAGUGCUUCAUUCAUAUUGCAGGAAAACUCUAGGACCAUUUCAAGCAGAUAUAAAAGCCCAACAAACACACCAGAUGAUGAUGUUUCUAGUAGAUAUUCACGAGCAGCAGACAGGACUGGAUAUAACAGAUAUAGCAGAGAAGCAAAUUCUUCUGGGAAUAUCAUACCAAACAAUUCUUUGGAAAAGAAAAUUGAAGAUCUUGAAAAGGAACUAGCAAAGGAGAGGCAAGAAAACCUAAGGCUUGUAAGAAUAGCACAAGACAAAGAAGAGUUGAUUGGUAAAUUGAAGGAAGAAAUUGAUUUAUUAAACAGGGACCUUGAUGAUAUAGAAGAUGAAAAUGAGCAAUUAAAGCAGGAAAAUAAGACACUCUUAAAAGUUGUUGGACAGCUGACAAGGUAGAAGAUGGAAUCCUCAGAGAGGAAUGAAAUAUGAAAACUACUGAUUAAAUGUUACAG